AGAGGUGAGAUUUUGAACGAUUUCGUUUUCCUCUUUCUCUCAUCCUGAAGAUGGAAAGAACGCAGAAAGGAGAAGACGAACUGAAGGUACCACGGAACUAGAUACUAUGGAAAGACGAUCUGGAGAAAGACGAUUGAUCAGCCAUGUCCAGCUCCAAUGCAAUCGACAGUAUCGCAGCCAAUCCAGGUCGUCGCGCCGACGAGAUCUGCGUGGUGACGGUGAGCAUGACGAAGCCGGUCGCCGUUCUCCACCAAGUUUACGAUGCCGACCACAAAGUCUCGAAGAUAACUGUGCCCAGAAAAUCGUCGAGACAACUCAGUAUCAUCCAGAUGUUAGCAAGGAGGAGGGGGUAAGUGAAAAUGGUGGUCUGUUGUUGAAGAAAGCGAUCGUGAAGAAGAGGGUCGAGCAGUGCAAGAGGCCUUAAAGCAACCUCAAGAUCUGAUGCUCAACAGGUUAUUAUUCUGACAAGAAGACUCGCCAUUAUCUUCCCAAUCAUUUCAAGAAGUUUGUUUUCCAAAAUGUCAAGGAGCAGGGAGUUUUGAUGAUGCACAAUAGGACCUAUUAUGCUGAGAUUGCAUAAUGAGCUGUAGACAAAUCUUUAAUACUCAUUAUCAAAAGUGUACUCUUGAAUAUAUUUUGAUCUGUAAUCAUAUAAAAGAGGUUUUGAUCGUUGGAUAACUUG